CUUCUGUUAGCCGUUAGCAUUGGUUGUACAACACAAGGACAGAGGAUCGUUGGCUUCUUUGAACAUUUCACGUCAUAUUUAACAUUUCUUUUUCACUACUGGAAGUUGUUUUAAGAGUCAUUCAGUUGUUUACUUUUCCUGGAACCUGAAGAUGCCGCCCAAACCUCUGGAGCCUCUGGCCAAGAAACUGAUGAAGGGGGUGAUCGUCCUGGAGCUGCUGGGCGUCUUCGGGGCGUACGGCCUCUUUCAGAGGAUGAACAACAGUCAAGACUUCAGGAACACCAUGAACAGGAGGUUUCCAUCGAUUCUAGAAGUUUACUACCAGUCCAACGAGUGGGCGGGGGUCUACGGCGUCCGAGAGAGAGACCACGAGGCCUGGUCGGCCAAACGGGACUAAAGGAGUUCGGCAGAGAAA